UAUCUAAUUGUAAAACACAUGUAUUUAUUUAAUGAUAAUUUUAUUUACCAUCAAUUGUUGAUUAUCUCUGAGAAAUAAGUAAUAGUUGUAAAAUAUUAAGCUUAACUCAAAUUAAAGAUUCUCUAAUUUUGUAGUUCAUUGUUGAUUAAUAAUGUCAUCGUGGAAAAAAGCAUCAAAAGUCAAUCAAAAAACACAUAGAGAACGUCAUCAACCGGAAGUUCGUCAAAAGUAUGGAUUGCUAGAGAAGAAAAAAGAUUAUAAAGUUCGAGCAAGGCAUCAUCAAGAACGUGAGCGUGUUCUGAAGUUGUUAAAAAAACGAGUACAAAAUCGCAAUCCAGAUGAGUUUUAUUUUCACAUGACAAAAUCUAAAGUUGAAGAUGGGCGACAUGUAGAAAUACGUGAUGAAGAUGAACAUACUGAAGAACAAAUAAAACUCAUGCAGACAAGAGAUUUAAAGUACAUCAACAUGCGAGCAACUAUGGAAAGGAAAAAGAUUGAUCGAUUACAAUCUGAAUUACAUUUUUUAGAUCAAGCUAAUCAAACAGAUAAUACUCAUAUAUUUUUCAAUGAUAAUGAACAGUGUGAUUUGGCUGAAAAGUUUGAUACACAUCCAGAUCUUAUCAGUAGAAAAGUUAAUCGUUUAAGAUUAUCAGACUUAAAAAAAAUACAAUUGCCAGAUUUAGAUGAAGAAACUAUUAAACAAAUGACUUCUGAAAAGAGAAAAGCAUAUAGAGAACUAGAGCGAAGAAAAAAUCGUGAAAAAGAAUUGUCUGUAGUUCAAAGAAAAUUAGAAAUCAAAACUCAUUUGCUUAGUUCUAAACAAGAACCACCAAAAAAAAUAAAACCAGCUACAAAAGAAGCAGCACCGAUUUAUAAGUGGAAAUACGAAAGGAAAAAAUAAUUUUUAAUUAAUAAAUUAUGUUAAUAUAGUAUAAUAAGCUUUUUAUUAUAAAUAACAUGUAA